AUGGAAGCAUCAGGAAUACUUCUGUCAUCACGACUGCUUUCCCUGCUGAAGAACAGACACUGGGCAAAAGAUGAUGUUGUUAAGUUGUUUAAAGCCCUCGUGAAAGAAUUUAAUGGCAGAAAUGAAGAUUUUCACACAUGGAUGAUGAGAAUCCUUCAUCAAGUGGAGAUUCACAAAAUCCAAAUGUCGGAUUUGACUUUGCAAAAUGAUGAUAAGAUUGUGGCCAAAAUUAAUGAAACAGUCAACAACACUAAAGAGAAAACACUGGACGAGAUUCUGGAGGAAAUUCGUAAACAAGCAGAUAUUGAUGAAGAAAUGAUGGCACGAGUGAAAGAUAUAGUGUCUUCUGUGUCAGAAUGUCUGUCAGCUUCCACAGCACCACAUCUACAAGGAAUAAAGGAAAGUUUGUUUAAACUCUGCAAAUCUGCAGAAAAGACAAUUGGACAUAAACUUCGAGUGACCCAGAUGGUGAGCUGGUGCAUUCUGGUUCUUUCUAAAUCAAGUCGGCUGGUUCAGGUUGGAACAGGAGAAGGAAAGUCGUGUAUCGUGGCAAUGUUUGCAGCAUAUCAGGCCAUGAUGGGAAACACCCCUGAUAUCAUCUCCAGUUCUCCUGUACUUGCUGAAAGAGACGCUAAAGAAUGGUCUGCCUUUUAUAAGAGACUGAAUAUCACUGUUGACGUCAACACCAAUAAAACAGAAGAUCAAAAGCUGAAGAAGUGCUAUGAAUGCCAGGUAGUUUAUGGUACGACUGUCAGUUUUGCAGGUGAUUUUCUGAGACAGCGCUUCCACAGAAAAGAUGUGAGACCUAAGAGAGAGUUUCAGUGUGUUCUAGUGGAUGAGGUGGACUCGCUAAUGCUGGACAAAGGUCUUGAAGUGGUUUAUUUGAAUAGUAAUAUGCCUCUCAUGGAAACUUUGAAUGGAUUACUGGCUGAAAUUUGGUUAAUUAUCAAUCAGCUGAAGCGUUUAGACUCUGGAGAGAUUUUAGGACCCAUUCGGCUCCUCUCUCAGAUUCUGUCUGAAAUCAUGCAUGAAAAUAAAAACACUGACCAACUCAGUAUUGUGCAGAAUGCUGCGGAAGCAGCAAAAGAACUAGAUAAUGCAAACCAGCGUGAUGUAAUCGUGUCCUCUCUUCAUGAGUGCUGGGGUUUGUGGUUCCUGAUGAACUCCAGUGAGGAAAAGCCCACUGAGACGAUGAAGGAACAGCUGAAGCUGGACUUGUCGAGUGCAAAGCAGAAACUUUUGACUAAACAGUCUCCAUCCUCCAUGGUCUACUAUUACAUCAGGUCUGGAAACAAUCUCCGUGAGAAGGGACGCUUUACUGAGUGCAUUGAGAUGUACACCAAAGCUUUGGGGGACGGUACAUCUGGAGAGAUUAUUCCUCUCUAUAAUCGUGCACUGGCCACUAUCAGAAGGAAAGACACCGGUUAUAUUGCUCAAGCACUGGCUGAUCUGGAAAAGGCUGAAAAGGAAAUAGAUUUGUACAAGUCACAUCUGGCACGGAUUCUGACUUAUAUUAAAUUAUCAAGACAGGAUACAAGAGCAGAAGUUUAUCGAGGUCCACGAGCAGCUCUUGUCAUCUGUGAAACCAUCAAUCGUGCAGAAAUAUUUCACAAGACUCUUGCAGACACCAUUUCAAAAGACAAACUAAAACUUUAUGUGAAUAACAACAUGGAUAACUCUAAGAUAAUAUAUAAUAAAGUUCAAGCAGGGGACGUCAUCAUUGCAACUAAUCUAGCAGGUCGAGGUACAGACCUAAAGGUCAGUGAAAGUGUAAAUGAGGCUGGAGGUCUGUUUGUGGUGCAAACCUUCUUACCUCUGAACGUCCGUGUCGAACAGCAAGCAUUUGGACGAACGGCUCGUCAAGGGAGUCCAGGAUCUGCUCAAAUCAUCAUGUGUGCCAGUCAUCUCUCUGACUCUGUUAAACUAGUGAUGAGCCUAAACACAUCACUAACCAGUUUACACAGCUGUCCAGAUAACUUAACAAAACAGAUGACAAAAGAGAGUGUGUUUGAAGAAGCAGUUAAUCACUACCAGAAAAAUAGCAGCUCUCAAAAUCAUGAUGCGAUGGUUUCUGCUCUGACAGACCUCUUAACCACAAAUUCAAGUAAUCUGGAAAAGGCAAAAGAUGCCAGGAACACUGGGGUGAAAAAUAGACUCUCUGGGUUCCUUGAAAAAGACAUUCCAGAAAUCAUAGAAAAGGAAGAGCUUUUUUCUGUCUACCUUGAUGUUUUGGACAACAUCUAUGAAGAUGCUGUUUUUUCAGACCAGCGUGACGUAAUUGUGUCCUCUCUUCAUGAGUGCUGGGGUCUGUGGCUUCUGAUGUAUUUCAAUGAGGAAAAGUCCACUGAGAAAAGUUCCUUGAAGGAACAGCUGAUGAUGGACUUGUUGAGUGCAAAGCAGAAACUUUUGUGCAAACAGUCCCCAUCCACCAUGGUCUACUAUUACAUUAGGUCUGGGAACAAUCUCCGUGAGAAGGGACACCUUACUGAAAGUAUUGAGAUGUUCACCAAAGCUUUGGAGGAUGGUGCAUCUGGGGAGAUUAUUCCUCUCUAUAAUCGUGCACUGACCACUAUUAUGAAGAAAGACAUUGACUACAUUGCUCAAGCAUUGGCUGAUUUGGAAAAGGCCAACAAAGCAAUAAAUUCAUACAAGUCACAUCUGGCACAUAUUCUUACUUGUGUGAAAUCAUCAAGACGAGAGCAGACAACAGAAGGUGAUACUUUGCUCAGUAAACAGUUUCAAAUGAAGUGUAUGAUUGUAGACCAACUCAAGGAUAACAUUCAAGACGCUGUAAUGAAGUUGAAGAGGGCUGAAAGCAGAGGAGGAAAUGUGAGUCUAUUGGAUAAACAUACAAUUUUUUUGGCCGAAGACUCUUUGAAGAGGGCUAUAAUUAGAAGAGAUAUGAGCCUGCCUGAAAGACUUGCCCUUGCUGUGAUAGAAGACUUUAUAAAGAGGGGUGAAAUCAAACGAGGAGAUGUGAACUUGGCUGAAAAAUUUGCACUGCUUUAUGCAGAAGACAAUGCAAAAAGAGCCGAGCGCAGUGGAGGAGAU